AUGCAAAGUCCAUGGCUCAAUAUAUUCAUUGUAAUGAAGGAGUUUCCGUGGGAAGUAGAGAUUGUGGGGAUGGAGCAAAUUGUGGAGAUAGAAUUGCUGCCUAUCACUUCUAUCAACCUUCGAGGUUUGCUGAUGGAGGACGUGGUGGCACAUAGAUGUCCUGCCGCAUCUGAUACGACCCACUGUGAUUGUGCUGGCCCUCACCAAGUGGAUGACGUGCUCUGCGUCUACAUGUCACGGCUUGAGAAGCAGCAGAUAAGGCAUUGUGAAGAGCAAACACUCACUGUGCAGCUCGUCGAAUGCGGCUUGUUUCCCUGUGCCCCAGUCCGACCCGAACUUGCUGUGAGCAUGGUAAUGCUUGACUGGGCCUCUAUGCUGUUCUUACACAUGGCACUGAACAUACGGGCGUGGACAACAACUGCCAAAAUUAUGCUUCAGUGUGAAGGGCAUCAUUUCGAGACUGCAAGUUCAUUUUGUCGUCGCUUUAGCAACUCCCUUGUGCACUACCAAUUGCUCAUCAGACUCGUCGAUGCAGAGAUGGACCGCAUGGCAAGCACCAUCCCCAUUCCACGUCGUCUUCUGCCUGGCCACCUCCAUGAACCAUCCUCACCACCUUCAGUCUCAAAUUGCCUUCUGGAAUCAGACAUGGAUGUCGAUCCUUCCCAUCCAGAUCCCAAGAUCCCAUCAGAUUUAAUGUCCAGCAUACCCAGCGUUCUUCAAGCUCCGACCGUUCAUGUAAAUUUGGAUGAGAACACUUCGAUCGAUGCGCGAGAAUAUUGA